AAAGAAUCCGCAAGCUGGGCGAAAGAGGAGGCGCGUCCCGCUGGGAGAAAUCGGUCCGGAGUUUGGAGAGCGUGGGAGAAAUCCGGGCCCUCCACUCUAGAAAAGAUUCUUCUAUUCCGCCUCGCGGCAAUAACAGACGAGAGACCCAGGAUGGAUAGAUAUAAAGCUCUGGAACAACUGCUGACAGAACUUGAAGAUUUUCUGAAGAUACUAGAUAAAGAGAACCUCAGCAGCACAGCUGUAGUCAAAAAAAGCUUUCUGGCUGACCUUCUUCGACUGUGCACAAAAUCAAGUGGUGGUGAUGAAGAAUACAUUUAUAUGAACAGAGUAACCAUAAGUAAACUACAUGGGGAACCAGAGAAAGCCAACAAAGGUUACCAAGAUUCCUUGACUAAUGGAGAAAUGGAGCAGUAUUUAUAUCCUCCACAGAAAAGUUUGCCAGAUCUUCCACCGUCAAAAAUAAUUCCAGAAACAAAACUACAUUCGAGCCUCAAAAACGAAUCUCCAGAAGGGUACUAUGAAGAAGCUGAGCCUUACAGUGUUUCUAUGAAUGAUGAUGAAGCAGUCAGCAGCUCCUAUGAAUCCUAUGAUGAGGAAGAGAGCAGUAAAGGCAGAUCAGCCCCUCACCAGUGGCCAUCACCUGAAGCAUCUAUUGAACUUAUGAAAGAUGCCCGGAUCUGUGCUUUUCUCUGGCGAAAGAAAUGGUUAGGCCAGUGGGCUAAGCAGCUUUGCAUGAUUAAAGAAAACAGAUUGUUGUGCUACAAGACUUCCAAAGACCAUAAUCCUCAGCUGGAUGUUAAUUUGGUAGGUUGCAGUGUCAUUCACAAGGAGAAGAAUCUAAGAAAGCAGGAACAUAAGUUGAAGAUCAUCCCCAUGAAUGCAGAUGUGAUCGUCUUGGGUUUGCAAAGUAAAGACCAGGCAGAACAAUGGCUCAGAGUAAUCCAAGAAACAAGUGGUCUCUAUCCAGAUGGGCCGUGUGAAGGAAAUCAGUAUGUUCCAGAUUUUCAGCGGUUCAAUAAUCCAAAAGUGGAGCCAUCAGAGAGUGGAAGCAACACUGAUGGUCACAUGGAGCUGAUGGAAACAAAAGAUGCUAAGAAGAAAUGCACACCUGGGUUAAAAUUUAGCAACCUGAUGAAUCUUGGGAGAAAGAAGUCUGCCUCCAUGGACAGUCCAGAAAGAUCUCUGGAUACUUGCACAUAUUUAAACGUACUAGUGAACAGCCAAUGGAAAUCCUACUGGUGCCAUGUGAAGGAUGGCCAGCUCCACUUCUACCAGGACAAAAACAGAAACAAAACAGCUCAACAGCCUUUGAAUUUGGUGGGCUGUGAAAUCAUCCCAGACCCAAGCCCUGACCACAUCUACUCAUUUCGUAUCCUGCACAAUGGUGAAGAAUUGGCCACGUUAGAGACAAAAUCUUCUGAAGAAAUGGGUCACUGGCUUGGUGUCCUUUUGUCAGAAUCUGGAUCUAAAACAGAUCCUGAGGAGCUUACUUACGAUUACGUUGAUGCUGACCGAAUUUCCUGUAUUGUCUCUGCAGCAAAAAACUCAUUAUUCUUAAUGCAAAGAAAGCACUCUGAACCCAACACUUACAUUGACAACCUGCCAAAGAGAAUGGGGAACCAAGAAGAACUCUAUGAUGAUGUGGACAUUCCAGAGGCCACCAUGGAUCCUGUGCCUCCAAAUGGAAGUAAAUGUGAAGGGGAACAGGACAGAGUCUAUCUAGACCUCACUCCAAUGAAAUCCUUGCUGCACGGAGCUGGCUCAAAGCAGGGUCAGGCUACUCCUUCAGUGUCUCCUCCUUUACAAAGAUCUAUGAGCAAGAGCUCAGUGGACUUUGAAAAAGACUCAGCCAUGGUGCAAAAAGAACCAGAACUAAACAGAAGUGCAAUGGAAAUUCCAGAACAGAGGCCUUCAGACAUAGAUGAACUGCCAUCUCCAUGGACAGGUACAAUAAAAAUCCAGACACAACAGCAGCAAAUUAUAUUUCCUCAGAGUGACCCCACUGUGGUAAUGGCUGCACCAAAGGAAAAAACAGAAAAGCUCAAAGUGGUGAAUACAGCCCCUGUAGAAACAAAACUAGGCAAGAACAGGACAGAGGCUGAAGUAAAGAGAUAUUCAGAGGAGAGAGACCGUUUGGAGAAAGAUAAAGAAGAAAUCCGCUCUCAGCUGGCAAAGCUUCGAAAAGAGAAAAGGGAGUUGAAAGAGAUUCUGAUGAAUUGCUCAGAUAAGAAUAAAUUGUCUACAAUGGAACAGAAGCUAAAAGAGAUAGAAGAAGAGUGUAAGAGGAAAGAAGAUCAGCGGGUUGACUUGGAGCUGAGACUUGUUGAAGCAAAAGAGAAUCUCAGGAAAGCAGAGUCUGGUCCAGUUACACUUGGCACCACAGUGGAUACCACUCACAUGGAAAAUGCAAGUCCCAAAAUGAAAGUUGCUAAUCCUACGAAUAAUCCAGAAAAUUCACCUGUCAAUUCAGCAGUGGCAUUAAAAAACCGCCCUUUAUCUGUCAUGGUCACAGGGAAAGGAACAGUUUUGCAGAAAGCAAAGGAAUGGGAAAAGAAAGGUGCUAGUUAGGAAAUCCUAGCCUCAAGAACAGACUGAAGAUUCAAACUGGCUCUUUGUGGACUACAGAAGCCUACUGCCAGUAGCAAAAAUGUCCAGAAGAACAGAGCAUGGCAAGUGGGGAACUGUAACAUACUGUCUGGAAGAAACAAUGGACCUUGGCCAGAUGCCAGUGUGGCCUCCCUUAGACUAAGGCUGUUGCUCCUUUUAGCAAACUUGCACUGUGUAGAUAGGACAGAUAACCCAAAUGGAAACAGUACUUCUAACCUUACUGGUAUCCUGAAACUGUUGCUGUACAUAAGGAAGCUUUUGUCUACUUUUAGUAUGGUGUUUUAUCGCUGCACAGUCUAGGAUUUGUUGUUAAAUGACUUUUAGUUGGACAUGUUUAAUAUUUCUGUAGCAUACCAAGGCAUGGCAGGAGACAGAGGAGGGAAAGUUGAGCCUCACACCAGUCAUUUCUUUAGGAGAGAUGUUUUCCUAACCAAUGAUGCAAAUUUGAAUGACACUUCUGUGGAAUUGCAAUUAAAUGCAGCUGUUCUGCCCAAUGCAACAUCCACCUGAGAAAGGUUUAGGUGCUCAAGUUUGAACAUUCAGCUGGCACACCAGGCUUAUUCAGAUGCCCUAAUUUCAGAUAUAGUGAGCUAUUGCUCAGCAUAGUGAUAUUAUAUAAUCCAUGGAUUUAAACAUGCCAUUUAUUUUAUUAAGGGAGCCAGUAUGGUGUAAUGGUUAAGGCAUCAGGCUAGAAAUUAGAGGACUGUGAGUCCUAACCUUGCCUUAGGCAUAAGUCCAGCUGGGUAACCUUGGGCCAGUCACUCUCUCACAGCCCUAGGAAGGAAGCAAUGGUAUAACACAGAUGAGUUCAUUCUUUAAACACCUGUAGUUGCACACAUUUAAAGAUGAUUCACAAUGUAAUAUGUAAAAUGUGUCUAAGGCAAGGGAUGAUUCCACUGCACUUCAGGGACAUUGAUACUUCAGGAUAGGAACUAAGCAUCUCUUUGUAUUCUCUGAGUCAGUUUCACUGCAGGAAUUAAUCUAAACACAUAGACAUGAUUUGGGAGAGAAAGGAAUUUCACCCACCCUUGAAAGGCAUUUUAUUACUCUUUUUAAUAAACAAAGUUCAAUUAGAGCAAAGUAGCAAGAGUCUUGUAACUAUAUUGCUGCCUGAAGGGAAGAACUACAAGGAGCCUUUCCACCCUGCAGAAAAACCAAAUGCUGACAUGUUGCUAAAUAACUCUGAUGGCAGUAAAUUAGCUUAGGAGGCAUAUAGUGAGCAUAUGUGGAGACAUACAGCAUUAUCUCUUCUACUCCUUCCACUAUAUACCUCCAGGGUCUGCUGUUUCACUGUACAAUACGGAAGCUGGACUCACAAUGCAGGAGUUGAUGUAUUAAGCUCAGGAAAUACAACAGAAAUUCUCAUAAAGUUAGCAUGGAUUCUUCACCAAACAUACCAGCUUCUAUAUUGUAUUCUUGAAUAGAAGUAAUUUUUCAUGAUUAGAUAUAUAUGAACAGAAAACAUCACUGUUAAGUAGCUAUUGUCAAGAAAGUACUGAAACUGUUUAGUGGGCUUGGUAUCUGAGCACCAUUCCAGACAAUCAUGAUACUGUGCAAUAGGUAUGCAUCUUAAUUAUUUGCUUAUUGCAGGAACCCAUUAUGGGUUCCCAUUAUGAUGGGCCAAAACCGUUGCCUUGGCAACAAACGCAUCUUUACCACAAAGAAAAUAUCCAGGCAACUUGGCAACAUUGUGGACUUCAACUCCCAGAAUUCCCCAGACAGCCACAGAACUUAAAGUUGUCAAGGUUGGACACCAUUGCUUUAGAUAAUACUUAUAUUGAUAGAUGUUUCAAUACUGAUUGGCUAGCAUUCAUGAAGUCAGUGACAACCUUAUUGCUCUACCUGUGCCUGGCUUAUUUUACAGCAUCUUAGUCAGAGCUCUCUCUCUUCUGAACCACAUAUAUAGGCUGCUCCACCCAUCAGAAGCCCUUUUCUCAUAUGGGUAUGCAACUUCAGUUCUAAGAAUAAAUCUAGCUUAUCAUAUAUAGUAUUUAUUUUUUGGCAUCUAGAACUCAAAUGCCUCUUGUUGGAUUACAUCAGGAAAUAGACUGAAAAAGUGGGUGAUCAGUCAGGAUUAGCAGCAGAAAUAAAUCUCUAGAAAUCUUCAACUGUGUAAAACCCUGUGUUGUUCUUUGAUACCCUCAAUGCACACAAAUGUAAAUGCUGCAGUUGUUUAAGGACUUUGUCAUAUUCAAGUAAGAACAUCUCUUAGGUUUGCAGGCCAAAGAUUAUCUAAGGCUAUCUAAGGCUGUGUAUUAAUAUAUGAGAGUGGCAUUUUAUAGACUUAAAGGAUUGCAGGACUGUUUGAAAAAAGGACCUUGUGUACAACUGGCUGAAGAGAGGCAAGCAAUUCAUUAAUGAAAUCUAAGCCUGCUCCUCUACUGUAUAUCGGCCUUCAGUGCCAGUAAAUGAUGUCUAUACACCAUGUCAGUGUGGGCAAAUGUUGAUGUGUUAGAGUGAGAAUGAGUUUAAAAGCUGGCAACCUUUGAAGUCCUGAUAACCAGAAGCAUCAAUAGAAAAGGUACUAGAGGAGUAGCAACUGACUCAUUUACUCAGUUCAAAUAAAGUUGUGUGUUUCAACCAAAGUACUAUGGCUGAUGGUAUCAGCCAAAACAUAGGAAUUCAACAUCAGAUCCAAAGCCUUCCUUUAAAUAACCAUAGAACUGUUAUUAUGUUCCUAGCUUUUUUAAAAAAACAACUUUAUUGUACAAGUGUCUUUUUAGUCAAUUGCCAUAUCAGAUGAAUCAUUUCUAAAUAAAAGUGUUGGCUGUA